AUGUGCGGUAACCAAUUGGACAAACGUGCAGCGAAUGGCGCCAAUGUGCACUGGAAAUACGCCAGUGAAAGAAACAUAACCUCAUCGUUGGAUCUGUCAAAAAUGCAUGGAGCAAGACAAACUAUUCGAAAUAGAAUAGAUGAAAUUCGUCAAGAUGAUCACAAAAUGCACACAGAAAAUUUUGGAAUCGCGGAUGACUCAAUAUGGGAAGAAGCAAAACAAGACGAGAUGAAAAAUCGUGGAGUUGGGUUUAUGAAACCCAAACCAUUCUUGACCGAUCCGCUGCUUGUCGAGGAUCUAAACGUGGAGAAACGUGAAAUCGCAACGAAUCAAGUAGAGAUAGGAGAGAUGUGUGAUGAUUUUGGUGUAACUGAUUCUGAUACGCGUGAAGUUGAAGAAGAUGUUCAUCUAGUGGUCGUGAAAUUGAUUGAAAUGGGACUAUCAAAAGAAAUGCGUCGGGACGUGUAUUGGAUCAUUGACAGAAUGAGAAAGAACCAAUCAAUAACGUGUUCUUAUCUUGAGACAACGUUUUUGAAAUGGACAAAAGUUAAAGUUGACACAUAUCCGCUGUGUAGCAACUGUAAUGAUCAAUACGAUGGAAAGAAGUGCAGGAAGCCAAAUUGCUCUGAACAAGACUUUCAUAAUAUGAUUAAAGGGCGUGCUGAAGACGAAGCCUACCUGCUGGGUACACUGAAUUUCGAUGGUUUCAAGAAGGACGGCCUGUUUAGAGGCGAAUGUUGGCCGGUAUUUUUGUCGAUUCAUGGCUAUGGGACAGCAAGGUUUGCGGAUUACCACUCGAAAACCGUAGUUUUUUUGCGCCAUGAUUUUUACGGCCUCGAAGAAAAAUUUCGACUUAAAAUCGAUAUUGGCGUCGGAAAAAAAACAAAAAUUUUCCUUGAAUUAUUCUCCUGCUGCUUGGAUAUGGAUGCCUCGAGGCGAGUUUUCAACCUUCCCGCUUGGAACAAACAUCAAGGUUGUGGAAGAUGUGACGUAAAUGGUAUAAUGAUUGACAAAACUAUGAGGUGGUUACCAAAUGGACAAGAGAAUCAUUAUAACCUUGGUUACCUUCCUCGAGAGUACAAUAAAUGCGCGCUGCCUAUGGUUUUCAAUCACGCAUACGAUUAUUUACAUUUAUUUUCGGAAGGUGUCAAUAAGGAUCGACUCAAAGAUCUAUUUUCGGAUCAAUCCAAAAUUCGCAAUUUACGACAAAAAGGUGAGGUAAUCGAAGCAUUGACGAAAUCAUUGUUGAGCACCAGAAUGCCAACAUCAAAUAAGCCAAAGCUUCAAUCGAUCGCAGAUCUUUUAAAAAUCACUGGUAGAGAAUCUGACGAGAUUUUCUUCAUUGUUGCACCAUUAAUUGUGGCAACAAAUGAUGAAAUGAGCAAGGAAAGGCUUCUUCUCCUCUUGAAUUGGUUAAUUGCGCGAUGCCUAAUGGACUUAGAUUUAAAGAUUGAAUCAAUUUCGGAGCUCCAGAAACUGGCAAAACUGCUCCGCAGUCUCAUUAACAAUGAAUUCAAGCAGUGCGGCACAAUGAAAAUGCACGUUAUCUUAGAUCAUUUGAUACCGGAUCUCAGAAGAUGCGGUUCUCCGGUCUUGAGUGGUACCGCUAUGUUCGAAAGACUCAAUCAACUACUUUCUCGUUCUGUGUCGAUUAUACAGCUUCCGCGGCAGAAUUUAUGCCUAAAAGGCUAUUGGCUAUACAAAAAUGUCAGCGAUUUCUGGAACAAAUCGGAUCUAAAAGUGCUGAAGAAGAGUCAACGCGAGUCGAUAAAACAUCGAAUAUCGAAUUGA